UUGUUUUAGGGAUACCUUUAGGUCUGAUCGAUACUUUCUUGUGUCUUGGGGUUAGUGUUUUGUCUGGUUUUCUACUGUGGCUUUAAUUCGAAGAUUGCAAAACAUGCCAAGAUGAAUGUCGUGUUUAUGAAGUUUAUUCCCACCCCAUUUCUUUCUGUUCACUGGCAUCUCUGUCUCAACCACCAUGGCAACCAUUAAGUCCCUAGCGAGGAUGAAGCUUCGCUUUCAUAGCUCCACCUAUUUUUGCUUCAGAUUCCUCCCCAUAAGGCUUGAGUUGUCAUGUGACAUCUUGGUUUUGUGUUUAUUUUAACCAAAUAGCUCCUGAAACUCGAGGGUGUAAGAGCUAGUAGUUGGAGAUGGGUAACAGCCAUUGGGAGUUAGGUGAUUUCUCCCUACGAUUUAUUUUCAUGUGAACCUCAUGACGGCCAGAGCCUGAGUUUAUAGGGGUACAUACUGCGCGUUAGCAACUUUUUUCAUUUUUCAUGCCUUCACGUCUAAUUCUGCUUCCCCUUUUUACAGGCUCCCUGGGGAAGGGAAUGCAGGGUUACUGGGGCUGGGCCCAGAGGCAGCAGCACCAGGGAAAAGGAUUAGAAAGCCUUCUCUGCUGUAUGAGGGAUUCGAGAGCCCCACGAUGGCUUCUGUACCAGCUUUACAACUGACCCCUGCCAACCCACCACCCCCCGAGGUGUCCAAUCCCAAAAAGCCAGGGCGGGUGACAAACCAGCUGCAGUACCUGCACAAGGUGGUGAUGAAGGCCCUGUGGAAGCACCAGUUUGCGUGGCCAUUUCGGCAACCUGUGGAUGCCGUGAAACUGGGUCUGCCGGAUUACCACAAAAUUAUAAAACAGCCUAUGGACAUGGGUACUAUCAAGAGGAGACUUGAAAACAAUUACUACUGGGCUGCCUCUGAGUGUAUGCAGGACUUCAAUACAAUGUUUACCAACUGUUACAUUUAUAACAAGCCCACUGACGACAUCGUCCUGAUGGCACAGACACUGGAGAAGAUCUUCCUACAGAAAGUGGCAGCUAUGCCACAAGAGGAACAAGAGCUUGUGGUGACCAUCCCUAAGAACAGCCAUAAGAAGGGGGCCAAGUUAGCAGCGCUGCAGGGUAGUAUUACCAGUGCCCAUCAGGUGCCUGCAGUUUCUUCUGUGUCACAUACAGCCCUGUAUACACCACCGCCUGAAAUACCCACCACUGUCCUCAACAUUCCCCACCCGUCAGUCAUCUCUGCUCCCCUUCUGAAGUCCCUGCAUUCUGCUGGACCCCCGCUCCUCGCUGUAUCAACAGCUCCUCCAGCUCAGCCCCUUGCCAAGAAAAAAGGCGUUAAACGGAAAGCAGAUACUACUACCCCUACACCUACAGCCAUCCUAGCUCCUGGCUCCCCAGCUAGUCCUCCUGGGGGUCUUGAGCCAAAGGCAGCACGGCUUCCUCCUAUGCGUAGAGAGAGUGGCCGCCCAAUCAAGCCCCCACGAAAAGACUUGCCUGACUCCCAGCAGCAACACCAGAGCUCUAAGAAAGGAAAGCUGUCAGAACAGCUAAAGCACUGCAAUGGCAUUUUGAAGGAGUUGCUCUCAAAGAAGCAUGCUGCCUAUGCCUGGCCUUUCUAUAAGCCAGUGGACGCUUCUGCUCUUGGCCUUCACGAUUACCAUGACAUCAUUAAGCAUCCCAUGGACCUCAGCACUGUCAAGCGGAAGAUGGAGAAUCGUGAUUACCGGGAUGCACAGGAGUUCGCUGCUGAUGUGCGACUCAUGUUCUCCAACUGCUAUAAGUACAAUCCUCCUGACCACGAUGUUGUGGCCAUGGCACGGAAGUUACAGGAUGUGUUUGAGUUCCGCUAUGCCAAGAUGCCAGAUGAGCCACUGGAACCAGGGCCUUUACCAGUCUCUACCGCCUUGCCUCCUGGGUUGGCCAAAUCAUCUUCAGAGUCUUCGAGUGAGGAAAGUAGCAGUGAGAGCUCCUCGGAGGAAGAGGAGGAAGAGGAUGAUGAAGAUGAGGAAGAGGAGAGUGAGAGCUCAGACUCUGAGGAAGAAAGGGCUCAUCGCCUGGCAGAGCUGCAGGAGCAGCUUCGGGCAGUACAUGAACAACUGGCUGCCCUAUCCCAAGGCCCAAUAUCUAAGCCCAAGCGGAAGAGGGAGAAAAAGGAGAAAAAGAAGAAACGGAAGGCAGAGAAACAUCGGGGCAGAGUUGGGAUUGAUGAAGAUGACAAGGGGUCUCGGGCACCUCGACCACUUCAGCCCAAGAAAUCUAAGAAAGCUGGAGGUGGCAGUUCUGCUAUGCUAGGCCACCCUGGCUUUGGGACUUCUGGAGGAAGUAGCAACAAGUUGCCUAAAAAGGCCCAAAAGACAGCCCCACCUGUCCUGCCCACUGGUUAUGAUUCGGAGGAGGAAGAAGAAAGCAGACCCAUGAGUUAUGAUGAAAAGAGGCAGUUAAGCCUGGAUAUCAACAAAUUACCUGGAGAGAAGUUGGGUCGAGUUGUACAUAUCAUCCAAGCCAGGGAACCCUCUUUACGUGAUUCAAAUCCAGAAGAAAUCGAGAUUGAUUUUGAAACACUCAAGCCAUCCACACUUCGAGAGCUUGAGCGAUACGUUUUAUCCUGCCUUCGGAAGAAACCCCGGAAGCCCUAUACUAUUAAGAAACCUGUGGGAAAGACAAAGGAGGAGCUAGCUUUGGAGAAAAAGCGGGAACUAGAGAAGCGGUUGCAGGACGUCAGUGGACAGCUUAACUCCACCAAAAAACCUCCCAAGAAAGCGAGUGAGAAAACAGAGUCUUCAUCUGCACAGCAAGUGGCAGUGUCCCGGCUCAGCGCUUCCAGCUCCAGCUCAGAUUCCAGCUCCUCAUCUUCAUCGUCCUCUUCUUCAGACACCAGCGAUUCAGACUCUGGCUAAGGGGUCAGGCCAGAUGGGGCAGGAAGGCUCCGCAGGACCGGACCCCUGUACCACCCUUCCCCACCACUGUCCCCUUGCUGUGACACUUCUUCAUCUCCCUCCAUAGGAGAGCUGGCUCUGCAGUGGGAGGAUGCAGGGACACGGACAGAACCAGACUGACUGCUAGCCCUUUGGGGAAUGACCUCUUGGGUGUAGUGUCCCUGUUCAGGAUGAUGGGGGUGGGCAAGGGUAUGGGUGGGAGUGGGCAUAGGCCUGGCACAAGGCCACCUAAGGCCAUAGCUGUCCUGUUCACUUCUAUAAGGGCCCUGUUUUGAGGUUUUAUUUAUUUAAGCUAGGUAAGGCUGUGAGGAGAGAGCACCAUGGCCCUCCCUCCAGCCUCCAUGGGGAGGGAAGAAGAGGGAGCUCCUUUUUUUACGUUGACUUUUUUUUUCUACUCUUCCCUUUUCCUUCUACUCCAUUUGGGGCCUGGGGAUUUAAGUCACCUCUCCAUUUGGCCCCCUGGACUAUCUUUUCUUUCUCUUGAUUCUAACUUGUAAAUAAAGAAAAUAUUAUUGAA